GGAAAACAACAAUUUUUGCACCUAUAAGUAGAAAUUUGCAUGCAAUUACAAGAAGUGCAAGUGCUGGUGCUGCACGACUUACAUUUUGCGAUUUUUUUUGUUUUCUUUCAUUGUCUUCUUGCAAAAAACUUCUUUCACCAUCUGUACCAUAGUGUAGCAUAGCUUGUUUUAGUAUUCCUUGCAACUACUGCUGGUGUUGGAGUGAAGCACAAGCAAGUUCAAGUUGUACGUGGAUAAUACCAGCGCGGACGGAUUUAGAUUUUGUUUUCUUUGUUGUUAGCAAACCGAACGCGAUCGCGAACGGAAACGUCGCAAGCGGACCUUUGUUCCGGCGGAAGUGACAACGAACACGAAAUCAUACUCCGACGUGCGGAGGCUCAAGGCCGUCUUAUGUCCUACAACUUCUUCAUCUACGAGAUGCGUGUAUAAUGAAUGGCUGAAACAUCACAGCGAAACCACACCGCCUUCAUCUACCGACAUUAACAUUAUCCGGGACGAGCGCUUCGUGGUUGUGCCCCGAAGUAGCAGUUCUUGUCUCGUCGUUCGAAGUCGCGUCUCUUCUUCACAAGAUAGAAGCGAGGGCUACAGAGAAUAGUGCUUUGCGGCCACGAGUAAGAAUAAAUCAAGCAUCGGUAUUAAAGAACCGGACGGAGCACAACUGUGAGGAUAAAGACGAUAAGUCCUUAUCCCUGCUCAACGUCAACCUCGAACGGAAAGUUGUUUCCCUUUCCUCCCCGUACAAGUACAUAUCGUGAGAAAAAAGUGUUACAGUUACACACUCUGAUGGGAGACAAGCAAGACAGACAACCUCUGCCAUGCAGAUUAUGCUUGCCAGCCUCGUUUCAUUCCUGUUUUCCCUUACAGUCUGCGCAUCACAGGUUUUCUUAGCCAUGUCGAGCAACUUUGUGAUGCAGAAACUCCAACGAAUGUGUAACUGUAACACUUUUUUCCUGUGAUAGUACAACUUCUAGAAAUAGUACGCAGAACCGAGAACACGUACACGGCGAACAAGAAGCUCAACCACGACAACCAGCGCGAUGUCAUCAUCUGCAGCAGCCCCCGGUGUUGUCGGUGCUAGCGCAUCUGCUGCUAACCUACUGACCAUGAACAGCACGCAAGAACCUCCCGCGCCGGCUCCGACCACGAUGGAUGAGGUACUGGAUUUGGACUUUGCUUCGCUCGUGUUGUGGGCGAUCCGGAUUCUCUGUCCGGCGGUCGCGUUUUGGUACUUUUACUACCAAAAAGACCGGCAGUUAUCGGAGGGGGCCGCGAGCAUGAUGAACAAAACUUCCAGUCGUGGGGAAGGUCGCAAGGGUGGAGCUGCUUCUGGAGUGCACUCAUCUACCGCUCAAGGUACUAAGCUAGAAGAAGAUGCUUCAAGAACAGUCGUGUAGCGACGUCUUUUAAGCGAGCAAAAGUCAGACAGUAAAUUGGUUCUUUGUUCUAGUUAUCGCGUCUCGCCCAGUGAAUGUAGAAUGAGUCUUCACACUUACAGGUUGCGCCGCAAUUCAUGAUUGCAAAAAUAAAGAAAAUAGACACAGGUGAAUCUUCCCCGAAGGCAACAUCCUCUGAAAAGACUAAGAACUCCUCGUCCACCAGUGCUUCAUCUAGCAAGACGGCCAAGGCUGCGGGCGAGAAGAAUGGUAAUAAAACUUCGGCGAGGACUUCUGUGGGACACACGACUUCUGGUGGGAUGGAUUCAAAAACAGAUACUGACAGCACUUCUAAAAACGAGGACAAGACUAAACCCGGCGAUCAGAACAAGGUCGUGACCUCCGCCACUACGAUGGACGAUUUACGGGAGAUGAAGGUGAAAACGCUGAAGGACACCCCCUUGUCGCCCGCCAUGGCCAAGAAAAUGCAGCAGUACAACAAGGCGAAAACUUCGUCGAUGUUAUGCAUUGCAAAAGUAUCGUACUAGUAUAAAUUGCAAUACAAAUUCAGUAACAGACUUCCCUUCGUAUGAAAUAAGCACUUCGUAAAACGUAUCGCAAUUGCCCUCGCUCAUGUAGAAAUACCAAGCAGAUACUACAACAGACUAGCAGCGUGUGGGGGGAGACCAAUGUGGUCUCCCCCCACCCGCUGUGACUAUUAAAAAACACACCAGGGAACUUUUUUUUUUCCAGCAAAGGCUGGCCAUGGGUUGUGGGGAUGAGAAAUAGAAACAAUAUGCUAGCACGAUUUGAAGUCAGGUGUAAGCUCUUUAAGAUUUCCGCUUCGCUUUAUUUCAGUUUUACAGCACAGACUAGCAACUAGAUACAGACUAACAGACACUAAGUUCAGAAGAAAACACUAUGAAAAGCGAAGAUCUGCCUGCUAGCGCGGACAUACGAUACGCACGCGGGGGAGGAGGGGGAAAACGCAAGCGAAGCGAGAACAAGACGCGCAGUGCAAUGUGCUGGAGCAGAGGACAAGAGCAGAUAGUAAGAAUAUCAAAACAAGACGAAAAGUGCACGCAUACACGCGCACUGCUUAACUGUGUGAAAGGUGUCGGCCCUGUUUGACCUGCUGCGGCAGGCAGGUGAAUUCGUAGAACUGCUUCACAUGUUAAGUAACGCACACCGGCCUCCUAGUUUUAGUGAUGAAUUUAUAUGCGUCAACAGAGCGGGGCCCAAUCAAAAAAAAAAAAAUGCAAUACAAAUUUCCUUAGCAUGAGAAAUGGAAUUUGUCAUGCGGAUCUGCCUCAAUAAAAAGAUUUGUAAUGCAUGACUUGCAUUUAUACGAGUACGAUACUUUUGCACAGCAUAGAUGUUGGGCAAGUACAAUAAUGUGGCGAACAACAACGGAGCUGCGGCAGGUGGAGGUGCCACUACUACCAACACUACCAGUUCAUCCGUCCUCGAUCUGGUCGACUUUGAUGAAGAGGGGACGAGUUCUGCUCUGCAGGACAAAGCCUGCGACCUGAAGGAGUCGUCGCACGGGACCAUGACGAAACAAGAUUCGAGCAAGAACGGAACAGUAGUCCCUAUGCAGCAGCCGGCCAAACAAGCCACGACUUGUUCCAACUCUCCGCAGUGCAGUGCUGAUGGUGGGGACGCCAAGAACGGUGAGAAGGGCGAAGAUGCUGGCGGUUCGCCAAAUGAAAAGGCAAAGGACGGAUCGAAAUCGAAUGCCAACACGACUUCCACGACCACCACGAUGACGCACAGUACCGGUGCGGUGAAGGGGGGCACCCCGUCGAGUACGGCGGCUGACGGCUCGUUCAGCUACUCCUCUUCCGAGGGGACGAGCAGCCCGGCGGCCAGUGAUGCGAACACUUCGGCUAUCCAAGAAAAAAACAACAUCACAAUCACAUUUAGGGGGUUUUGCAUCAGAAAUUUGUCUGGAAUGAUAAAUUUUUCUUGUAAUGCAAAAACAUGAAGGAAAUCCCGUUUGAAUUUUGAGUGUGAUGCAUUUUUGCGCAUGACUAAAAGUUUUGUAUUGCAAAAACGUGCAAUAGUGAUUGUGAUGGUGUUUUUUUCUUGAAUAUCGGCCCACAGCUUGGACGCCGAAGCGGCCAACCAGGAGGCGCAAGAGAAGCUGUCGAAGAUCUCGAAGUAUCCUGUGCAAAAGUGUCGUACCAGUACUUCUAAUCGCAGUCAUGCAUUACAAAUCUUGUUCUCAACCUAAACCCGCAUUGCAAAUUUCAUUUCUCAUGCCAAGGAAAUUUGUCAUGCAAUUCAUACAGGUUGUGAAGUGCGAAGGUACUUUGUUUUGCAAUGCAUACGAAGGCGAACUUGUCGGGGAUUGAGAAGAUCUACCAGGACCUGGUCAAGCACAAACACGAUAUUUCGUCGGACACCUACAAGUAUCAAGUGCAUCAAAUAUCGUCCACCCUGGACGUCUGGAAUAAGCUUGUGAUGCUGAGUGAGUGGCGAAAAAUCAUGAGGACACCGUGACGCCUUAGCAUGACAAGCUUCUGCGUUCUUUCUAGGAGGUGAUCAUGCUUAUUGAGCAUGACAAAUAGCCGCGUUUUUGCAUUCACAGAAAAUUAAUUGGAGGUCGUCGUGGGUUGUAGUGUGCAUGUGACAGACCACUUGAGAGUCAUGCAACCCCAGCAUGACAAGCGGUAGCGGUCUUUAUAUUCUUCCAGACGUCCAGGGAUUAUAUUUGCAAUGUGGAUAACAAGAUGCUCGUCGAGAUCGCACUGGACGCCGCCAAGUGGUACGACCAGCAGAGCGUCGGUACUAUAGUUUUUUCCUUUUUGGGAGUUUCAGUUUUGGCAGUUUUCUACUAUACUUAAGCUGCCAAAACUUUGUCAUGCAGUUUGGUCUUUGAUUUCAGUUUCACUUCAGGUUUAGAUUUAGAGAUCGGUGGAAAGAAGUUUUGACUUCUUGCAUAGAGCUAGAGGUCUGCACCCUUGUGUGAAGAGUCUCGGUAGUACAAGAACUUCUACGUAUCAAGCGUGCAGCAUGUUGUGUAUGGUCGUGAGGAUGAUGAAAAUAACCUAUACAACGUCCACUCAAUCCACCCACAUGAUCAGUUGAGCCCGCGUUCUGGAAGACUCCGAAAAAACGAGGCUACGGCGAAAGUCCCAGUACGCGAGUCCCGAGUUACCAGUCUACGCCCUUGCACAGCAACAAGCACGGAGUAUAGUUCUAUACCAGGCGUUUUUUUGGCAAUGCAACCUGUCAUGUGUGAUUCCGUACUGUUGGAGUUGGAGAACUUUGUCAUGCAUAUAUAAAUCCGUAUCUAUUACAGCCCUCCUCCCCCGAGAAGAAUACGAUUAACGAUUUGCUCGCGCUCGUCGGCGGUCCGAAGAAAGACGAAAACUCGAACUACCCCCCGGCAAUCUGUAUUUCUGUUGCAUUUUUUGAUUGAGCUCGCCUCUUUGUCAUGCGAUAUAAUCAACAUAGUCUCAUAUAAUACUAGUUUUCCCUGUUCAUCAAUCCGAAACUAUUGACACCUUGAUCAACAUGAACAUUCUCAGACCACGCCGGCGCUACGGAGGGAGACCACUUUAACAUGGCUUACGACGCUGCGUACUGGGCCGGGUACUACAAUGACCCGUCCUACUGGGCCGGCUACUACAGUCCGCACCACUUCCCCACCGCCCCGGCCCACCACCUGCAAGCCGCCCACGCGCACGGAGCCGCCCACGCGGCGGCCGCUGCCGGAGCUGCCGGUGCCGCCGCGGCGGUUGCCCACGGAGCUGCCGGCCAACACCACCAGCACGGGACGAGUGGAGGUGCUGGAACGCACCACGGAGCCGCGGCCCAUCACCAGCACAACUGGCACCAGCACACUGCAAAUACGGCAAACGCGACCGGAACAGGAACCACGGCUGGCAUCACGAAUGCUAAUGGGACGGUUGCGCCUUCUUCUACCAUGGUAUCCAAGAAAAAACAGCCAUCCCCAUCCAUUUUUUGCAUGACAAACAGUGGAUCUUAUGCAUAUUUUGCAUGACAAAUACAAAUUUGAUGGGGAUGGAUGUUUUUUCCUGGAUACAUGGAGCUGCACCACCAUCCGCAAACCACUCUUGCCGCGGCCGGUGGAGCCGGUGCUGACCACGGUUGUACUUCGACUGGUGCUGGUACCGGAGUGACGUCUACUUCUGGGACGACCAGCACUGGAAGUUUCACUGCGACUUCUAGUGCGACUACGAACUCCAACGCCACGGGUUCCUCGCACAGCGGAGCCAUCGUGACCACCGUUGGAAUCAUGGGGCAUACAACUACUACCGGAGCUGCAGCUCCUGCGCAUGUUUCAUCGGUUUCCAAGAGUGGCGCCCAGGCAGAUACGACUGUCUUCAAGGCGGCGAACAACACGGGUAUAGAUGGAAUAACGAUGCGGACUGGCCGUUUUAUUAGCAGGUUGAGUUUAGAACAUCAAAUUCGCAAAGCGUGUUGAGGUUGACCAUAGUUUAUGUACUACCGGCUUGUUGUUGUUCCUGCGUCGUUUGAUGUAAGUAGUUGUUUACACCACCACACAAUUUUUAAUCCAGGUACUACAUUGGGAAGUGUCACCCACACGACAACUUCUUCGGCCGCCACCAUGAACAACGCCUCUCCGAUUACAACGACUGUGGACCUCGCUGCGCUGAACAACUCGUCCGAGCUGUCAAAUAAUAACCAGCAUUUUCAUGCGCAUGCCGACCAGAACUACCAGAAGGGGAACAAAAAUAUCAUGAUGUCCAAGAUGAAAGGAGGCGCAGAUCAUUCUUCCUCUGCAGCGGUGGUUUCUAGCGUCGCUGGGAAAGCGGAACAGUAUCAAUAGUGGCGGCUCAGGAGAUUCUAGUUUAUCUGGAAGUCGUUGUGAUUAUUUACCACUUCGACAACGGAUGAAUUCACUUCUACAUCCGGAGAAGCAGAAGCAGAAGUACCGUAGAAUCCAUGCAAUUUCAUGAAAGGAGACAUCACACAGGAGACUACACUGAAGUGCGUAAAGUUGACAUGGUGACAAGCAACUACAUUUAGUAGCAGGUAAUACAGAACAGGCUUGAAAAACUUAAAAAAAAACAUAUAAAACAAGUAGUAGAAUACAGCGAACAACAAAAAAAUUAUUGAAUGUGAUAGUGAAAGAACAUGUGGACAAAAUCAAAAACCGUUUCGAUGUUUAUGUAUACGAUUCUAAUCAACACAAAUGAUGAUGAUGUCACUACGCUGUGCCAUGAAAACCUAUCAAGGCAUAGUGUAGUGUGUUUGAGGCUGAUACUGGUAGAGCCUUCAUUUGAUCAUGUCGAUAAAUAAAAACUUCCAUUUCCCGCUACAGGAGUGGAAGCUGCCAAUACAAGAUGUAGCUGACUGCUCAAUUUUAUUUUUACCUUCGAUUUUCCUCUGUGUGUGUACGUCAUCUGUAGCGGUCGCCGGAGCUCGAACUUGAAUGAAACUGACUCACUGGGGAGCUUCUACGUCUAGAUAAAUGGCCGACGCAAUUUUCAUACAAGCGGUCGUUGGGAUUCCAAGAGGGAGGGUCUUUCAGAUCUAGAUCUCACACCCAACGACGGCGCUCGGGAAAAUGUCGUCGUAUUGAAAACGAAUUAACAAAAGGACAUAUGUUGAUCUCCUCGAGUUGUUUUUGAUAAGUUUAAGUACACAAUUUUUAGAGCAGGACGGACGCGCACUUUUACUUUACAACAAUCUCUCGCUCGUCUGUGCGGCUCCUGACCUGCUACAGAUUUCAUUUCUACGUACGUACGUAUAUUCUUUUUGUUUUUCUUGACUCCUGCUUGCGCUCGUCUCUGAACUCAAAAAACUCUGACUGUCGAAAUGUAAAAAACGCAAUGGUAUCACUUUAUUUCUAUGCUUUGAAAAACAAAAAACAUGAAAGUCUCACUUGCUUCUUUACACACUUGUGCCUGUGUGCAGGUAUAUUUUUCUUUAUAACUACUCCUGUACUCCCGCCUCUUUCUGUUCAUUGAAACGUCGAGAAUAUUGAAUUUGACGCUUUCUUUUAUCCGCUCUAGUUGUAGCGGUUUUACAACUUCGACAUUUUUUACUAGUACCUGGUGUGCUGCACAAGCACAUUUUUUAUUGAGAAUACAGCACAAGCCCUGUUUGCCAAACUGAUUUAUUACAAAGAUUUAUUUCGAAGAAAUUCAAAUUCAUCUAUAUUUAUGUCCUAUUUUAUUGCCUCGCUUUGCAAUCGUGGUUAGACGUUGGGGUUGCCUGCGACGCAGCUAUCUUUCUCCUGUUGCACCGUCUGACAAGUUGGAGAUGUUGAGAAGGCUGUAGUUCUAGUUGUCUACAACAACCGAAAUCUGCCUCCUUCUCCUUGCCAUGCUGCAGCAGCUUCAUGGAAGUAGAAUCUCACCAGACGGCGCAGGCGGCACCGACGUUCAUCAAUAUCCGCGGGCGUGAAGCUCCACCUCCGAAACAACUAUGAAGGAAUCUAAACUAAGGCCGUCGUGGUCCUCCGGUGACCUUACUUUGAUUUUGACGAGAAUAAAGCUCCUGGACAUGAUGAAAAAUAAACGGAUGUAUUUUGAUAGCGUCGUGCUGUGCACUAACUUCUACUUCGCUUUGGAAAAAUCAAACACAACAGUAGGCUCAGCUACUAGCAGCUAUGGCCUCCAUCCCGCCAGUAGCACUUACAUAUGCUCGAGUUCGUUGCUGGAACAAACACAAAGUGUGCCG